AUCCAGCACCCCCCAGGCAGCCCCUCCUCUCACAAGGGGUCUGAAAGGAGCCAGUGUCCAGGUGGGCGUGCUCCAUGGCCUGGCUGGGCCCCACAGGAAAUGGAGGCCUGGAGGCCCACCCCCAAGCAGCUGCUUAAAGGGGCAGCUGCCUGGAGCUGCAGGAGGUCCCUCUGUACCAUGACGCCCUGGCUGCUCUCCCUGCUGCUGCUGCUCCUGGCGGGGCCCCCCACCGUGUGGCCCGCGCCCCCGACCUGCUACUCCAGGAUGCUGGGCCUGAGCCGGCAGAUCACCCGGGAUUUCCAGAGCCUGCAGGCCACUGAGCCCUCGGAGCCGUGUGUGCGGUACCUGCCCAGGCUGUACCUGGACAUACAUAACUACUGCGUGCUGGCCAAGCUGCGGGACUUCGUGGCAACCCCCCAGUGCUGGAGAGUGGCCCAGGUGGACGCCCUGAGGGAGAGAGUGCGGAAACUCUACACCAUCAUGAACUCGUUCUGCAGGAGGGACCUGGUGUUCCUGACCGACGACUGUGGCGCCUUGGAGUACCCAAUGCCGACCACCACGGCCCUGCCCGACCGUCACGGCUAAGGCGGCCCAGCCCGGAGCCGGGACCCGAGGGGAUGGGAUGAUGCCGGCAGCCCAGGGCAAUGGGCUGCAGCCUCGGUCCCCUCAGGUCUCCCUGUUUACUGUAGCAUCUCAAACUGUCACAUGUCUCCCCACCUUCUGGGAAGCAGGGCUUGCGCCCCGACCCCAGGACUCCCCUUGAGCACAGCUAGAGGCCUCGCUUCCAUCCCCCUUGGCUUGCCUCACCAGGACACUUAGGCUUAGACACUGGAGCCAGCAGGCUGAGCUGACCACUAAGAAAAGCGGACACCAGCUUCCCGCUUCCGAACGACGAGCUGGGGAACAACAAAGGCUGAGUGCCCAGUGCCCUUCGAAUGCAGCAGCCGCACUGCUUUCCUUUCCCGAUAGGAGCCGGCUUAGAUUUAACCCGACUUCUGCUCCCUGCCCUCCUCCACCACAACCUUCCCUAGAGUUACCUCUGGUUUUUAAGGAAACAUUACUGCCUGUAAGACCUAUUCGCAAGGUCCGUAAUUUCACAGCACCGAGACCACCCUUUCCCUGAAAGG